AUCAUCGUGGAGUUGAACUGAUCAAGCUAAGAAAGUUAGCCAUGUCAAGUGUUGAAGACGUUUCAAGUGAGUCUGCUGCGGUUAAAGAAGAUAAAGCGUUUGAUGUAGAAGCUGAGGAGCAGUUCAGAGAUGAUUAUGGUGUCGACCCAACUCGAUACACGUUUUACAGAGACAGGAAGGAGUGGGCUGAUCUGGAGCCUGUCCCACAAGAUGACGGGCCUAAUCCUGUAGUGAAGAUUGCCUACUCUGAGAAGUUUUCAGAUGUUUUUGACUAUUUUCGUGCCCUUCUAAAGAAAGAUGAAAGAAGCGAGCGAGCUUUCUCUUUGACUGCAGAUGCCAUUGAGCUGAAUGCUGCCAACUACACAGUGUGGCACUACAGACGAGUCCUGCUGCAAGCACUGUCCAAGGACCUGAGGGAGGAAAUGAGCUACAUCACCAACAUUAUUGAGGAGCAACCCAAAAACUACCAAGUCUGGCAUCAUAGACGUAUGGUGGUGGAGUGGUUGAAUGACCCCUCAGAAGAACUGGAAUUCAUCGCUCAGAUUCUCAGCCAAGAUGCAAAGAACUACCACGCGUGGCAGCACAGGCAGUGGGUCAUCCAGGAAUACAAACUGUGGGAGCACGAGCUGGAGUUUGUGGAGAAUCUUUUGGAAGAGGAUGUGAGGAAUAACUCUGCCUGGAACCAAAGACACUUUGUUAUUUCUCACACCACUGGCUUCUCUGAUCUGGCUGUACUGGAGAGAGAAAUUCAGUAUUGUCUGAACCAAAUCAAGAAAGCUCCUCACAAUGAAAGUGCGUGGAAUUACCUGAAAGGGAUGCUGCAGGACAGAGGGCUCUCAUCUCAGUCGGGUCUGCUGGACAAAGUCCUGCAGCUGAAGGAAACUCAUUGCUCGCCUUACCUUCUCGCAUUUCUCUUCGAUUGUUACGAGGACGCCUUAGAAAACGGCACUGCAAAGGAAAAUCUGGACAAAGAGCGUCAAGAAACUUUAAAAAAGGCUUUAGAAAUUUGUAAGCUUCUUGCGCAGCAGAAGGACACCAUUCGUAAGGAGUAUUGGCAGUUUUUGGGACGGUCUUUAAAAAACAAAUAUGGAGGUGACAUUUCUGAAGAGCCUGUGGAAACCGAACCAUCAGUUCCAACAUCUGGAGCCCCAGAGAUCAUCUAGACCUCCAGAAGUUUCUCACUCCAUUCCAUCUUACUUCCACAUUGAUGCUUUUGGAUGAAUCGACUCGUAAAGUUUAAUAUCACUGUAAACUCUUGUGUGUGUUGCUUAGAGGAAUGUCCGUGAGCCUUGCAUUAGUGAGAACGUUGCUCUCGUGGUACUGUGCGUGUCUGCAUGCACAACAAGCUCCAAACAAAGCCUUGAGAGCCGCUCUUAAUCUCAGAUUAGAUGAAACAAACCAGUGGAAAAUGAGACUUUGAGUGGAUAGUUUGUUCACGUGCAGACCCACAUUUGACCCGGUCCAUAAAGAUCUCUGGACUCUGUUGAAGUUAGGAUCAUUCAUGUGUUUGUGUUUAAAACAAAGCUAAGCAAAAGAACUGUUAGUGGUAAACUGUCAUUUGUCAAACUUGUCCUUGAUAAUAAAGAGAUC